AGGUUUCCAGCAGUGAGACGCGCGCGCGGAUCGAGUCAAGUGAAGCUACCGAGAAGUGGCGUUGACCGACCGCUGAGUGUUUUCAUUGAAAAAAAAAAAAAAAAAAACACCUGAAAAAAAAUUAGCUAUUACUAAAGUAACUGUCAGCAACGCUACGGCUUUAUUUUGCUAUCAUCAGCGUCAGCGGCGCCGGAGUUAAGGUGAAGCGACGGGGAGAAAGUAAAAGGAGAGCGCCCGAAGUGAACUUGACGAUCAAAGCUAAUGCUAAUUUAGCCUGCCUCUGCUAACGCUAGCUAAAUAUUUACGUCGAUCUCAUCAUUUUAGCAGUCGUCUACUUAGAUAGGACCACCGCGGCUGUAACGUGGUUGGUUAGGAAAUUAACUAAAUUGCAUUUAAUUUAAAUAGGUGUCUCGCUUUGACAUUUUAGGCCACAAGUGGCUGGUGUUGAUUUAGCACCAUUAGCAUCAGUAGCCGGGUUUAUUGAGGUGACACCGGCUCCGCGCUGGUUGGGAUUCUAGUGUUAUUGCUAAACAAGUAAACAUAGUUCGCUUCCAAAGCAACUUCACAUCAGUGUUUAUCAGCCUUUUGCUUUGCAAUGCUGAAACAACAGCAGCAACCGGGCCCAGGUGGACGAAAAACGUCCAACGGAACUACGGGCCCUGCCGGCAUGUCUUCACCAGUCAGCGGGAUUAACAGCGGGAGCAGGACACCGGCUGGGAGGAAUCGAACUUCUGCAAAGCCACCAUUCCAGUCACCACCUAUUUUUCCAGCCCUUAAAGUGCCAUCAAACAAGGUUUUUGAGGGUGUGUACAACAAUGCCAGAAUGCUUCAUUUCCUUACAGCUGUGGUGGGUUCCACCUGUGACAUAAGAGUGAAGAAUGGCAGUGUAUUUGAGGGCAUAUUCAAGACUCUCAGUUCACGGUGCGAGUUAGCUGUGGAUGCUGUACAUAAACGUAACGAGGAGGACAGUUCAUCGUCAGCUCCACCACGACGGGAAGACAUCACUGACACCAUGAUCUUCAGCCCCUCAGACUUAGUCACAAUGAUCUGCAGAGACGUUGACCUAAACUACGCUACCAGAGACACUUUCACAGACUCAGCUAUUAGCUCCAGUCGUGUCAAUGGAGAGCACAAAGAGAAGGUGUUGCAAAGAUGGGAGGGAGGAGACAGCAAUGGAGAAGGUUUUGAUCUGGACAAUGACACGUCCAACGGCUGGGAUGCCAAUGAGAUGUUUCGUUAUAAUGAAGUGAAGUAUGGAGUCACAUCAACGUAUGAUUCCAGCCUCUCCAUGUAUACUGUGCCACUAGAGCGAGGUACUUCAGAGGUGUAUCGGCAGAGGGAGGCACGAGCCGCUCGCUUGGCCAGUGAGAUAGAGUCUAGCCCCCAAUAUCGCCACCGUGUUAACCUGGAAAAUGAUGAAGGCAAGACUGAAGAGGAUAAGUACAGUGCUGUGGCGCGGGACGGUAAUGAUAGGGAGAGGGGCCGUGAGAGCCCCCGUGAGAGAGGCCGAGACAGCCCUGGAGCCGGAAACAGGGAGGGCAAGUACAUUCCAUUACCCCAGCGUCAACGAGAGAUGAAUCGGGAGAGAGCAGAGAGAGGUCCUGGUGGGCCUCCACCUCACAACCGCCUAAGUGGCAGUUACCGCUCCACACCUCCAUCCUCCUCCUCUUCUUCUCCCAGACCCCCACUCCCAUCUGCUACUGGGCCCCAACCUGGUGUUUCCCCCUCAGAGAGAAGCAGCCCACUAUCAAACCGAGGUGGUGCGUAUGCUCUUCAUCACCCCCAGGGAAGUCCAAGCCCAGGCCCUGGGUCUGGUCCUGCGAGUCCUUAUACCCCAGCCUCUCCUGCGGGUUCAACACCCAUCACAGCCUCCAUUUCUGCAGCAACAUCCCCAGCCAGUCCCCCAGUUGCACAUACAGUCUCUCAGUCCCACUCACUUCCACACUCUCUGUCCGAUGUUGGCAGGCCCGUUAAUGGAAUCUCCACCAGAACAUCUCCCAAAGCCCAGAGACCUCCGCAGUCGAGCAGAACACUCCGCACGUCAAACUCGCACAGUCAGUCCACAGCUACUCGCUCUCCUAAAUCAGGCUCUCAGGACACGCCUUAUUUGGACACAUCAUCUGUUUCCUUGCCAGCACAGAAGACGUCUGGCCCCGCCCCACUCUUCCCUGUAGAUGUGAAUGAGAUCCUCAGCACAGCUGCAAAAGAACGCUCUGCUGAGAGCCCCAGCACAGAGGACAACAAAAAUGUAAAAGCACCCUCAGUGCAGCAAAGAUCACAGAUUGAGGAACUGCGGAAAUUUGGCAAAGAAUUCAGGCUCCAGCCAAGUGGAGGCACCUCCAGCUCUCCAAGCUCUCCAGCAGCAGCAGCAGCACCUCCUGCCCCCAAUGAAAUCCCAAUGUCCAGCGCAGCCAAACUCUUGUCAUCAGACGCUCACCCAGUCUCAGAACCCAAACUUCAAGCUCCAGCUACCAGCCCUGCACAGUCUCUGUCAUCACCCAUCCCUGCUGAGGACCCAGCCAAGGACAACACCUCCGUGGCUGGUACCACAGGACUGGUUUCAGACAGGCAGUCACCUGCUGCACCACAGCCAGCAAGGACUCCAGGUGACGAGGUCCGAACAGAGACAGUGGAGCAAACCGAGGGUGUUACAGACCAAGUAAAGAAAUCAACCUUAAAUCCAAAUGCGAAGGAGUUCAACCCCAUCAAACCACAGAUGCCUAUGACAAAGCCCAACACUGCGCCAACCCCGCCUAGACCCACCCCUCCAAGCCCAGUGGUUCUUCAGCAUCCAGGUGGACAAGGGCCACUCUACAAUGCCCCCUACCUCUCAUAUGUCUCACAGAUCCACUCAGUGCAGCCUCCACCGAUGUACCAAUACACCAUGUCUACAGUCAGCCAGGGAAAAUACCCAAGAACUAAAGGUUCAGUGGUGGCUCCACGCUCUGAUCAUGGAACUUCAGCACCUCCUAUGCUGCAAGCUGCAUCAGCAGCUGGUGCGCCCCUAGUGGCAUCCCCUUACCCUCAGUCGUACCUUCAGUAUAACCCACAGCAGUACAGCCAGCAGCAGGUCAUCCAGGCCAUGACGCCAUACCCUGGCCAGCCAAUGUACUCCAUGCUCCAGAGUGGGGCCAGAAUGAUAAGUCAAGGUGGUGGUCCUCAUCCACAGGCCCUGGGCCCUCCAGGAGGACCCCAGUUCCCUACACAGGGAGAUGGACCUCAGGGACCACAACAGGGACUCUACGCACCACAGUCCUUCUCCCACCACUCAGGAGCAGUACAUCAGCCCCAACCCUCCAGUACGCCAACAGGCAACCAGCCCCCACCACAGCAUGCUGCCCCUAGUCCUGGACAAAAUGCUCAGUCUGGUCCACAGCCCCAGUCCUUGUACCACUCAGGUCCUCUGUCAGCACCCACCCCUCCCAACAUGCCACCAGGCCACACAUCUCCACAGGGCUCGUACCCCCUCCAGGGUUAUAGCAUCCACAGCCACCAGGGCAUCCCACCGACAUACCCCCUGGGGCAAAUUGCACAGGUGUGGGCACAUGUACAGGGGGCAAUGUCUGGUCCACACCAUUCGGGGAGUCAUGGUCAGCCCCAGUUAGUGAUGUUGCAGGCUCCUCCCCAGCAGGGUCCCAGCUCAGUGCCCCAGCACCCUCAGCAAGGAGCACACCAACACUUCUACAUAGGACACCCACAAGCGAUGCAGGUUCAAACGCAUCCUGCUCCUUUCCAUCCACCUGGAAACUGAAGCACAUGGGUCCCCCACCAUCCCAAACUACAUCUUCGACUGAGCCCCAACGUUCCCCUCUGUCUCCUGGCUGAGGCCUAGACUGAACUGUACAAAGACUGACAGGACAGUGCAGAGCGGAGGACAGUAAGUGCUGUAGAAUCGCACUCCGACUGUACUCUUCAUUGACGUGUUUCAGCCCAGAUGAGGACCUUUUAAUGCACAUGGUGAUCUUAAAACAGCAACCGCCCUGCUCUCUCUUUUUUUUUUUUUUUUUUUUUUUAACAACACCUUGCUGGGUGGACAGUUCAGAGAGUUUAAAAAAAAUCCGCAGACUUUACCUUCCACCGUUGCGUUUUAGUCUGGUGGGGGUCCACAAGUACGGUGACACAAAGUGGUAAUAUGGACUGUCAUCGGAUUCCCAGAAUACAGAUCAUCAGUCGUGAUGGGAGCGAUUUGAAGGAGAGGGAAUUUUUAGCAGUUUUCCUUUUUAAAUCCUGAUCAAAUUGUUCAACCUUCCCCUGUUCCCCUCCAACCUCCUAUAGAAAAUAAAAAAUGGACAAGACAAAAAAAAAUCUUAAAG